AUGUUACAAACAGUAGCAACAUUUAUUUCUCGAUUAAUUAAUGAUCAAAUUGAAUGUUCAAUACAAACACUUCAUGUUGGUGAAAGUAUUAGACAAUGUAAAAAACAUUUAGUUAAUUAUUCUAUUGAACAAUUACUUUAUAUAAAUGCACAAUCAAUUAAUCAAAAUACAACAACAACAACAACAACAUCUCAAAUUUUAUUCAAAAAUAAAAAAAAGAACAUAAAUAAUCAACAACAGCAACAACAACAACAAUUAAUGGAUAUUAAUCAUGAUAAACAAUUAGCAUCACAAAAACUUUUAGCUGAUAGUCGAAUAGAAUCAAAUUCGAUUAUUGUAUCGAAAAAUGAUGAUGAUAAUGAGGAUUUUGGAAAAAGAAAAAGAGAUGAUAAAUAA